AUGGGCGGCAACAGGCGAGCAUGGCAAGGCAUUCUUCUCAUUGGAUUGCUGCCUUCGGAUCUCCAUUUGGGCCGCCGGCCUGUGGAACGCCUCGGCACGCAAUUGGCCCACACGUUAAAAACACACGACGCUACUGGCAUUGUGGCCGAUGCAAUGGCGGCGGGCCUGGGUAUGCCGGUGUGGGCUAGCGGCCUUAUGUGGAACCCCCUAUGA